AGUGCACCCACUAAUUUAUUACAAAAGUGGGUUCCUUGCAAUAGUUGCAACACGAAAGAGGUUCAAAAGUUUAUCAAUGACCUUAAAAAAAAUGAGGAUGUCUACAGCGCGGAAGCAGAGGAAAUAUAUGAUGAUGAUCAGGAACGACCAGGAAAGCGACAUAAAAAGGCAA